UAUACUAUUCGCAUCAUUCACCCUUCUCUUGGUGGUAUACCUUCUACUUGGGACUAUUAUCCGCAUCUCGUUAUAUUCACCAUGGCAACAGAUUGGAAAACGAAUUACAUUGAUAAAACCCUUAUGGCGUCCGGCAAUUUGACCCAUGCGGCCAUAGUCGGACUGGAUGGGGCUAUUUGGGCAACAUCAGACGACUUUAAGAUUUCGGCCGGGGAAGUAGGAUUCCUUAUUCGCGGUCUGGCCACGGCGGAGUCAUUGCGAGAGAACGGCGUUCUGAUUGGAGGGGUGAAAUAUGUGCUUCUUCGAGCAGACGAUAACGCUGUCUUGGCCAGGAAACAAGGCACAGGAGUGUGUGUAGGCAAAAGUAGCACCGCUCUUGUCAUCGGAGUAUACGGAACAGAUCAUGUAGCCGGAAAAGCGAACAAUACCGUACAGGAACUAGCGCAAUAUUUGAUUGGUCAAGGCACCUAAGGACUCGUCCACUUGAAAUUUUACUGAGGGACGCGAGGACUCAAUGUAAUAGCGUCUGAAGUCAUGUUUUAUUUUGAUAUUUAUUAAUUUAUUAUUGUUAUCUAUUAAUUUCGUAUAUGACGAAACCGGUCAUGCUGAAAACAUAUUGUUUAAAUAACACCCAUUGGAGAAAAAACAAUUCUUUAAAGUACAACAAGUGCACAACGAAAAGGACAACAAUGGCAUACCUUGGAUUGAGUGCUAUGACCCAUAUUGGCAACGUUGAUUGGUUGGAGAGUUUUUCAGGACCGUUCCAUUAUUGCUUGGAGGGAAGCAGA